AUGACUGUUCCAUUGAACGAUUCUUUCCAACAAUCGAGCGUAAACCGAAUUCGGUCUUCUGUAUCUAACAAGCAUGACAGUCAACGGAGCUGCCACGAUGUGUUCUCUCUUCUCAUGACCUCUCGCAAGGAGAUUGAAGCAUGGAACGAAGUCGACGCCACCGAGAACAUUCCUAAGCUCCCUGGACAAGGGGGCCGCAGAAGAGCCCCAUUCUAUAAAGUCCUGCAGGGUAUGCCUAUAGCAGUGGACGCUUUCCGAUACGGCGCUAUCCCAGGAAUCACGGCUUACUUUCUUACGCAUGCACAUUCUGAUCAUUACACUAGCUUGUCGUCCAGCUGGAAGAACGGUCCAGUUUAUUAUAUAGAGGUCACGGCAAACUUGGUAAUACAUAUGCUAUCCGUCGAUCCUAAGUGGGUGCACCCACUACCGAUGGAUACACCCACGGUGAUACCCGAUACUGGAGGGGUUGCAGUGACACUCAUCGAAGCUAAUCACUGUCCGGGUUCUUGCUUGUUACUCUUUGAAGGGCCCCAGACCGUUCAUGCAGGUGAUAGUGCAUUCAAGUCUCCUUUUGUGGGUUCAUCAAAAAUGUUUCGGUAUCUGCAUUGUGGCGAUUUCCGAGCAUCGCCACGACAUGUUUCUCACCCGGCAAUCAGGAGAAAGCCCCUAGAUCACAUUUAUAUGGACACCACGUAUUUAAAUCCCAAGUAUAUUUUCCCUCCUCAAGCACAGGUUAUCGAUGCUUGCGCCGAGCUGGCAAAGAGGAUCGCAGCCGGCAAAUUCGUCGGGCCCGCUGAUGCUAGUGGGAAACGGGAUUCCGUGAUAUAUACAUGGAUCAAUGGUAAUUCGCCGUGUGAGAGCAAUGAAUCAAAGUCACCUCAAGCAAGAACGCUAGUCGUUGUUGGGACCUACUCCAUUGGAAAAGAGCGCAUCGUCAAGGCUGUUGCGCAAGCUCUUCAGACCAAGGUCUAUUGCGAUCCGCGCAAGGCGGCUAUUCUCCGAUGUCAAAAUGAUCAACAACUCGAUGACUUGAUUACUUCCGAUCCCCUCGAGGGCGGGGUUCACUUACUACCUCUUGGUCUGGUUGCCUCAGAUAAACUCGAAUCCUAUGUCCAGCGUUUUAAAGGCACAUUCUCACGGGUGGUGGGGUUUCGGCCAACCGGAUGGACGUUUACUCCACCACCGGGCAGCAAUUCCAGUGUGGCAAUCCAGGCGAUCGUUUCUCGUUGUCAAGGCUAUUCAUUUACAUACAAUGAUCUGCGGCCCUCGCAGAAGUCAUCGAACGAUGUACAAGUGUUCGGUGUUCCCUACUCCGAGCAUAGCUCCUUUCUCGAGCUCACGUGUUUCGCAAUUUCUUGCGACUGGGCCAAGAUCAUACCCACGGUGAACGUCGAACACAAAGGAACAAGAGUGAAGAUGGCACAAUGGAUUGAACGCUGGGCAGCGGAGAAGAAACGAGGAAGCACCUAUGUCAUCCAACCAAGAACAGACGACUACUGGUGA